AUGAUUCGCAGUAGGAUACCUCAGCAUCCUAAGGGAGUCACAAAUCAGGAGAAUCAAAUUCUCCCUACGGAUGGAGGAUUACCCAAAGCUAUACGUCUGCUGGUUGACAUGCUUAGACAACAACAACAACAACAGCAACAGCAACAAGCGCACGUACCUAGACCCGAAGUCAGGGGUUGUCUGUAUGAGAAGUUCUUGUUCCAUCCUUAUCCAAACUUUUCUGGUAUUGAAGAGCUACUGAAAGCUGAGAAAUGGAUUAUAGAUCUUGAAAGGACAUAUGAGAUAUGUGGUUGUAUUGAGAAACAAAAGCUUCUAGUCAAGGAUUUAGGAAGUUUGGUUGCACUGUCAUGGGAGAGAUUUAAGGAAAAGUUCGACAACAGAUUCUUUCCAGAUUCUGUCAAACAGUUGAAGACGCAGGAGUUCGUAAUUUUAACUCAAGGUGGUUUGACCGUAGAGCAGUACGCCGCUAAGUUUAUUGCAUUAGGAAGUUUUGCACCACACUUGAUUUCUACUCAAAGGAUGCAGGCACAGAAGUUUCAAGUAUGA